UGCGACACGCGUCAAAUUUCAUCUGGCAACCCUGUUAGAGUGACUUGUGAUUUUAGAUUUAGAGCAGAAUCACACUGAAUCCGCUGAAUCCUGUGGCUGAAUCAUUUCAUUCCUUAUUCUACACGAUCAGCAGUAAUUUAAUCGUUCAAAUGUCAGACGGAGAUGUUUCGGUAAAUGGUCAUUUUGCUGAUUUGGUGGAUGAUGCCUGGCGUGCAGACAAGUUACCUGAGGACGACAUCGAAGUGCCAGUAUAUGAGCUAGCUGAUCCAGAAGCUGACUCAGGAGACAUUCAUUUGACUCUGAAAGAACAAGAGCAAAAGUGGACUGAUAUCAUGUUAAGCAGUCUCAGUGAACACCAAUAAAUAGAGAUUGUUUUCAAUACUAUAAUGGAACUACCUGAUGUGGGACAACAAUGCUCAUACGAAAAUUGUAAACAGCUCGAUUUUCUCCCCCUCCGAUGUCAGUGUAACAAUGUAUUUUGCCCCAAACAUUUAAAUAUUCAUAUUCAGACUUGUGUGGCAUCAAAGAGUUUAUCUGAAGACCAGUUGAAAAAAAUUGAAAAUGUUUUGGUAUGUUCCAAGGAGGAUUGUAAAGAAAGAAGCGUUAUUCCUUUAAUUUGUAAAAAAUGUAAAAAACAUUUCUGUAUUCAACACAGACAUUUGACUGAAUGUAGAGAAAAAUCGAAAGAAGAAUUGGAAAUAGAAAAAGAGAAGUUUAGUGAACCAAUUAGAAAAUUUAACGAAGCAAAAGCUGUGGUGGAUAAUCAGAUUGCAGAAAACUUGUCUAGGGCAGGAAAAAAAUCUAAGAACAAGGAAAUGGCUGCUCAAGUUCAGUUGAUGAAGAUAAAAAAUAAAGCUGUAGGACAAAAAACAAUUCCUUCAACUGAUAGAGUAUACUUUAAUAUUCAUUAUGGUGUAAACUACACAAAAUCUCUGGCAGUAUUUGUAUCAAAAACUUGGUCUUUGGGUAGAGUAACUGAUGCUAUUACUGUAGAAUGUAAACUUCAAAAUAAUAACAACAAGAGUACUGAGAAGAAAUUAAGAUUAUUUAAACACGAAGGGAAUACUAUAGUUUCAAAUAAUAUGUCUUGUAAUCUAGAUAAACUUUUAAAUGAGCAUAGCAUUGUAAAUGGAGAAAAUUUAGUUAUUGCAUAUGUUGAUGACCACUGUAUGAAUCUAUAAAAACUAUAGAUUUUAAUAAAUUAAUACCCUAAUUA